AGGCGCCGUCCGCCAGAGAAAAAGGAGUCUCUAUUGGAGCCGAAAAGUUUGAUAUUCGCGGUUUUAUAAAGCGCCUUGAAAGCGAGAAGAGGGGCUGGGAGAUGUGCUCACUUGUACACACGCCUUAUGACUCAAAAGGACUGCGCUGUUAUUCACAAUUACGGCUCGCGGCGAGGCCGUCCAGGCACUAAGGAGACGGACCUGCCAAGGGAGAAAGAGAUGAGGAGGCGCUUACUAGAGAGACGCCAAGGGAGGACCGCGUCUCUAGAAGGGAGUGGUCAACUGCGUUGAGUGCUACGAAAAGGUCAAGUAAAAGGACAGAAAAAUGUCAGAGGGAAGCCGUUGGGGGCCUUAGCAAGAGCUGUUUAGGUGGACAGAUGGAAGCCAGACUAAAGAGAGAUGUUUUAAAGUCUGAGCAUGAUCACUAGGGAUGAAAUCUGAAGAACACAGAAGGAUGGAAAGACGCUGGCCCCUUGAUUCAGCUACUGAAUUGGAAAACCCUAGGCUAGUCUCUCUUUCUUCAAACAUGUCUGAUGGCAGAAUGGAAGACUUUACUAAAACUAGACCUUUGGACAUUGGACCUAUCUAUUUCUUUGAUCAGAUGAAACCAAAAAAGAAAAAAUGGGAAAAGAGAGACCGUCUCCCCUAUUUGGAGCACGCUUCAGAAGAAAAACAUAGUACUACAGAGAGUUUUAACUCUAAAGAAGUGGGUGAGGAACCAAGUCUAUCUAUGGUAGCUGCAUUGAAGAAGCAAUAUGCGUUUCAACCAUUUGCCUUCUCACCAACUCCUGUUGUUUCCAAGCUUUCUGCUAACCUUACAUUCUCCAAAAUACAAAUGCAAAAGAGUCUGCUUGAAGAAUAUAAAGACAUUGCUGCUGAAUUACUGUGUGAACUUGGGGAGACAUUGCAGAUGUAUGCUGAGUAUAAUAUUGCUUUCCCUGUAGGAAUUGUAAAUCUUGUGAAUUACAGUUGGCAUGAUCUCAUUGAAGAAGCUAAUAAAUAUGAAACCAAAAUGUCAAUGUUGAAGAAACAGGAUGCCUUGCAAAAAAAUUCCAAUUCCAUGAUAGUUGACAAAAUCAGCAACUAUCCAAUAGAAUGUCAUAAGGAAAAUCUUCUGAUGAAAACAAAAAGAGAUCACCACCAUUUUGUAUCAAUUAAUCCUAUGAAAAAAAUAUCUGUUUUCAGCCAAAAGCAGUAUUCCCAGAUCUUCCAGGAAAGCAAUUUACCUUUUGUCAUUCACUUCUCACUGUCGUCCAAGAUCUGUUUAGAAAAUGGUUGGAUCUUUCACUAUCCUCACACAAAAUUGGAAAUUCUGAAAUGGAAGACAGUCCUCGAUAUUGCUGUGAAGAAGCUACAAGAAGCCAUAAUUCAAAUCAAAACAGAAGCAGCCAAGCUGAAGAAAGAGGGAUUCAACAAACGACUUAUUCUGCGCCACUAUAAUGAUCCUAAACAGGAGGCAGAGGUGGACAACAGUCCCCUCGGUUCUCAAUAUUUCUGGCUGGAGCUGCUGAAGGGGAAGCCUCAGAUGCCAGCAGUCCAACAGGAUGACCCAGGGAUGAAAAAGUUCCAUUACGCCUUGAUAGACGGUUCCUCCAUGAUUUAAUAUCCUUGUGAAACUCCAAAGGGAAAGAAGGAUGGAGGGGGCCAGGAAUGGUAGAAGAGGCUGACAGGUGGGGUGUUUCUGUAUCAUCAGAAAUUUCCAAAAGGACGUCAGAUUUCUUGUGCUUAUUUAGUCCCUUUCUCCCAGGGGUCCGCAUUCCCUCAUGCUGGGGGAGCAGGAGAAGUCAAAGAGGUUGAGACAAAUUCUCCAGUUCACAAACUUUACUUCUAUUUAAGAAAACCUCUGGUUAUAACCAGUCUUUUUGUUAAG